AUGGCUCUCACCAGGUUCUCGAUCGUCACCCUCGUAUUCUUCAUUAUCUCCACCUUCUUCGUGAUCCAACCAUGGUCAUUCCAUGUCAAGUUCCCUAUCAUUGGUCGGAGGAAGCUUACGCUGGGUCUCAUGUCGGCGCCCAUCCUCGCAAUAGCUAUCCUUUGGGCGUCGCAGUGCCUAGGAGCUACCCAGAUCAGGAAUGGAAUCGUUGGGACUGACAACAUCAAGCCUUACAACAUUCUCAUCCUAUUCAUCUCCCUGGCGUACAUGGCUAUUACCCUCGAUGGGACGGGUGUCCUGAAGGCUGCCGCCUUCUGGGUCAGCAACAGAGGAGGCUCUCGGGGUCGACUCCUCUAUCUCUACUUCUACGUCCUCCUUACGGCCAUCAGUGUCUUCGUGGGGAACGACCCGAUCAUCCUUUCGGGUACAGUCUUCUUGGUCUACUACACCGCUGCGACCGGCCUGGACCCCGAGGCCUGGUUGAUUUCAGAGUUUGCAGCAGCCAACACGGCCAGUAUGGUGUUUUUCUUCGGGAACCCCACAAACGUCGUCAUCACCGAGGGCUUUAGGAUCAACAAUGUGGCGUACACGGCGUGGACCAUCCUCCCCUUCCUGGCAUGCAGUGUUGCUUGCUACCUCGCGCUCAUGCUACAAUUCCGAAAUGAAAAAUACGUUCCCCGCAGACUGAACGUGACCGGCACCCUGAACCCCAUGGACGUCCUGCAAGACAAAGUCAGCGCGAUUUUCGGAACGAUAUGGUUGGCGACUUGCCUCAUCGUCAUUGUCGUCCUCAGCUUCUUCCAUGUCGAUGUCUGGAUGAUUGUCCUCCCCUUUGCAGGCGGAAAGUUCAUCUUCGAUAUCGCAUGGGAUCACUACCGAUAUAAGACCGGCAAAAUUCCCAAGUUCGACCCAACAAGGUCAGAUGAAGACGAUCCUAUGGCGAAGGCAUUGCAGCGCGCUAUGUCAGCGGAGAUGGAACGGAGUGGAACCACUGCUUCCUUCGCCACUGCAGUACAAACCCACAACACGACCAAAGAUGUCCUUGACGGGGGGCUCCACCGCACAGAAUCACCGAUUAGCUCUCACAGUUCCGAUGAAACAACAACGACCGCCUCACCAUCCAAAGCCGCAAAAUUCAUCAGAAAAGCUCACGCCCGGUACGACCUCACCUACAGAAAACUAGCAGCCCAUUUCCCCACCUUCUUCAUCGCGCUACCGCGGCUACCAUUCGGCCUUAUACCCUUUGCAUUCGCCCAAUUCAUCCUCAUCGAAGCUCUUCAAAACCAAGGGUGGAUUGAAAUCUUCUCAAGAUGGUUGGUCAUCAUGACGGGCGGUAAAAUGAUACCCAUCGUUUGGAUUGUCGGGCUGUUCGGCGUCAUCCUCUGCAAUGUCGCUGGCACCAACAUUGGUGCUACGAUCUUACUCACCAAAAUCGUUCGCGCGUCCAAUUUUGACGAAUCUCGCGCAAUGGCUGCCGCCGUCGCGUUGGCGGUUGCGAGCAAUAUUGGAGCCGUCAGUUUCACGUAUUCUGCAAGUCUUGCUGGAUUGCUCUGGGAUAGUAUCUUGAGGGAUAAAGGGAUUACGAUCAAGCAAUGGAGGUUUGCGAUGUGGAAUGCAUUACCUCUGAUUGCGAUGACUGGGGUUGGGUUAGCUAUCGUGACUGCAGAAGUGGUUGUACAUUAUUGGUGACACUGACUAACUGGAUAUGCUUUUGAAACUACUUGCUACCUACCUAGAUUUAGAUGCUGUGAAAUGAUAACGAUCUCG